AUGGAGGCCGCAUCAUCGCGGGCGGCGGCGCGGGACCGAUGGGGCGAGCUCGGCCGCCCGACGCCCUCGCAGCUCCAGCGCUUCAUCCAGGGCGCCUGCAGCCCGGAGAACUACGAGCCGAACCUCGCGCUGAACCUCGAGAUUGCCGACCUCAUCAACUCGAAAAAGGGCUCGGCCCCGCGCGAGGCCGUCGUCUCCAUCGUCAGCUACAUCAACCACCGCAACCCCAGCGUCGCCCUGCUCGCCCUCCACCUGCUCGACAUUUGCGUCAAGAACUGCGGCUACCCCUUCCACCUGCAGAUCAGCACCAAGGAGUUCCUCAACGAGCUCGUCCGCCGCUUCCCCGAACGCCCGCCCCUGCGCGCCACCCGCGUCCAGAUGAAGAUCCUCGAGGCCAUUGAGGAGUGGAGGAGUACCAUCUGCGAGACGAGCCGCUACAAGGAGGACCUCGGCUUCAUCCGCGACAUGCACCGCCUGCUGAGCUACAAGGGCUACACCUUUCCCGAGGUCCGCCGCGACGACGCCGCCGUGCUGAACCCGAGCGACAACCUCAAAUCGGCCGAAGAGAUGGAGGAGGAGGAAAAAGAGGCCCAGUCGGCCAAGCUCCAGGAGCUCAUCCGACGCGGCCAGCCCGAGGACCUGCAGGAGGCCAACCGCCUCAUGAAGAUCAUGGCCGGCUUCGACACGCGCACCAAGACAGACUACCGCGCCAAGGCCGCCCAGGAGGUCAGCAAGAUCCAGGCCAAGGCGAGGCUGCUCGAGGAGCGCCUCGAGGCCUUCCAGCAGGGCGACACCAUGCAGGACGGCGACGUCUACUCGGAGCUCGCCUCGUCGCUGCAGAGCGCCCAGCCCAAGAUUAAGAAAAUGUGCGAGGAGGAGUCGGACGACCACGAGGCCGUCGCCAAGCUGCUCGAGAUCAACGACAGCAUCCACAGGACCGUCGAGCGCUACAAGCUCAUGAAGAAGGGCGACCUCGAGUCGGCCAAGAAGCUCGCGAGCGGUGCCCCUCUGUCUGCGGCGGCGGCCAUGUCGUCGUCGUCGACGAGCAACGCCAAGAGCGCCGCGCAGGAGCUCUCUCUGAUCGACUUUGACGCCGAGGUGCCGUCGAACGGCACUUCCUCCUCCGCGCAGCCGUCGCAGUCUGGCGGCAGCGUCGAGAACGACCUGCUUGGUUUGUCCAUUGGCGAGACGGAAAACUUUGGCCAAGGUGGCGCCCUGUCGCUGGGUUUCGGCAGCAACACGAAUAUUCCCGGCCCCGCGUUGCUCUCGUCCCUGAACGAAGGCCAGACGGCCAAGUCCGCCACCGCCAGCCCUGCCGCCCCUCCCCCCGGCUUCGCCACCCUCUCCUCCUUCACCUCGCCCUCGGCCUCGCAGUCCGGCACCCCGCAACCGCAAGCCAACUACAUCUUCAACCAGCCGCCACCCCCGGCCCCAGCCUCCGACCCCUUUGCCGCCCUCGGCGCCAGCUUCUCCCCGCCGCAGUCGACGACGCCGGUCCCCGCCGCGGCGGCGCCCACGUCCAAUAACGACGACGACGAGUGGUCCUUCGCCUCGGCCCUGCCCCAGGCCGCGGCGCCGACGCAGCCGCGCGAGCACAGGGCCGUCGUCAGCGACGGCGGCGUCAGGAUCGAGAUGCUCGCCAACCGCACCACGGCCAACAGCAGCGCCAUGAACAUUGUCUUUGCCUUUUCCAACACGACGGCGCAGCCCGUGACGGAGCUGCACUACCAGGUGGCCGUGACCAAGGGCUACGAGAUCAAAAUCAGCCCGCAGACGGGCGUCGCGCUCGAGCCCAAGCAGAGCCGCGGCGUCACGCAGACGGUCGAGGUCAACCACGCCGGCGACAGGAGCCGCAAGGUCGAGGCGCUGAAGCUUCGGUUCCGGGUGUCGUACAAGGUCGGCGGCGCGCUGCGGAACGAGGCGGGGGCCGUGUCUGAGUUUAGCAUUGCGUAG